CCCUUUCAUCUCAAUUUGCACCAUACACUUAUCAUGCAGGUUCCUCUCCCCGCCACAACAGUUCGAGUCGCCGUGACCCAGGCGGAGCCCGUGUGGCUCGACCUGGACGCCACCGUCGCGAAGACCUGCGCUCUGAUCGCCGAGGCCGCCCAGAACGGGGCGCAACUGAUCAGCUUCCCCGAAUGUUGGAUCCCAGGCUAUCCCGCCUGGAUCUGGACCCGCCCAGUAGACAUGACCCUCACCACUCAGUACAUCCAAAACAGCCUCACCGUCCCCUCCCCGCAAAUGCGCACCAUCCAAGACUGCGCCGCACAAAACCAAAUCGCCGUCGUGCUCGGCUUCUCCGAACACAUCCACCACUCGCUGUACAUCGCGCAGGCGAUCAUCGACAGCGACGGCACGAUCCUCGCGCACCGCAAGAAGCUCAAGCCGACGCACAUGGAGCGCACGAUCUUCGGGGAUUCCUGGGGGGAUUGUCUGGACAGUGUGGCCGACACGACCGCGGCGGGACGCGUGGGGGCGCUCUCGUGUUGGGAGCAUCUCCAGCCCCUCCUCAAAUACCAUGCGUAUGCGCAGCGCGAGCAGAUCCAUGUGGCGGCGUGGCCGCCCUUGUUUGAGGCGGACGAGGGUGGGGAUGCGUUGUUUUCGAUGUCCAAGGAGGGAACCAUCGCGCUCGCUCGCACCUACGCCAUCGAAUCCCAGUCCUACGUUCUGCACACCACCGCGGUCAUCGGCCCGACGGCGAUCGAGAAGAUGCAGACCAGCACCGGGGCGAUCAUGAACACCCCCGGCGGCGGCAGCUCGGCGAUCUUCGGGCCGGAUGGGCGGAUGCUCUCCACCCCGAUUCCCAGUACGGAAGAGGGGAUGCUGUACGCGGAUUUGGAUCUGCAGGGCCCGAUUCAGAAAGCGAGGGCGUUUGUGGAUGUGUGUGGUCAUUAUAGUCGGCCGGAUCUGUUGUGGUUGGGGGUGGAGAGGCGGGAGGGGAGGCAGCAUGUUCGGGAGAGGGCAAAGCAGAGGGGGGAGUAG